AAGAAGAAGAAGAUACAAUUGUUACUUUUCUUCUUUGGAUCAAUUUCAUUUUCUCUCUCUCAAAUCUCAAAUCUUAGGCGGUGUUUCUCCGAUCAAUCAUCUAAUGCUCUGAUUCGUUGCACUAGGACGUCCGAUCGGGUCAAAGUUAUGGCCACUGAUAUAGCAAAGCUCAUCGAGCUAGUCUUCGAUGAGAAAUCAUCAGGCGAUAUCUCCCAGUUGAUUGGCUCCGACUCGUCAGUUAGGCUAGGGCUUGAGCGUUUCUUCUGUAUUCUCAAAUUUGGAGUGGAAGUAAAUGGAGACGGUAAACUAGGUCUUGAAAGUUGGGAACAGUCUCAGGCAGGAGCUGUCGCUUUUCUGGCUUGUGCUGUUGCUUACUCAACUCGAUCUCUAUCAGUUGAGAAUGCGGAGCCCAUAGUUUUCGCUGUCGUGGAGAAGGCACUGGAAUUUGCUAUAUGUUAUUUAGAGAAUUCCGUAUCAAGAAUUGAUGAAUAUUCUGUUCAGGAUAAUUUGAUAAAACUAUUGGAGAUUGCACUCACAGAUGGAACACAAAGGGAUAUUUUGCAGAAUUUGUUUGGAAACAAACUUAUAUAUUUGUUGCCAGCUUCUUCUGUUGAAAAUGAUACCAUUGAUUUAGAGGUCCACACCAAGUGUUUGUAUCAAGGGUGUAAUUGUUCAAAUGAUGAUCAUUCCGUGGACCGGCUACUGAGUACAUUAGCUUCUGAAUGCAUGCAACUUGAUAAACAAAAUACUGGAACCAGUUAUCUUCCAGAUAGUGGAGAGUUGUCUUCUCUUUUUCAGCACUGGGCAGUUGCUCAUUUGCAAUGUUUUCAUCGUCUUAUUUUGCUCUGCAAGGAAUUGCUUCACCUUCCUGAUAUAACUGACGAGAAAAUAUUCUGCACAAAUCUUUGCAAGCAACUGUCGUUCUGUUUGAGGAUCAUAAAGUUACUGAGAAUUCUUGGGAAAGAUGUCCCUCAUGUAGAGUACAGUGACCAAUUGCUGCAGUCGGUUGCAUACUUUGCUGAUUGUCUGACUAGAUUGUUUGGGCAGAGAUUUGAUUUUGGAAGCUAUAAUGUUGCUGCUGAGAAUAACGUUGAAAGCCUUGUAUUGUCACUGUUGGAAGAGUUUCUCUUACUUGUUCAGGCCAAUUUUAGCAGCACUAUAUUUCAGAAUGUAAGGGCAUGUAUAGUUGCUUCAAUGAUGGAACACAUGGAUGCUAGUGCAUGGGUCUAUGACAAAGUAGCUACAAGCCAAAAGCCUCCGUUGGCUUUCUUUCCUCGAGUUGUCAUUUGUAUAUUGAAACAAGUUGGUGACAUUAAACAGCAAGCAGAUCAGUCUUUAGACUGGGAAGCCUUUGAUAUUAAAUAUGUAAGCGGCGCUGAUGCACAGAGAAGUUCUCCUUUUUGCCACGUUCGAUCUGAUAAAGUAUUUCUCCUGAAGAAGUACAAUGUUGAACAACUAUUGAACCUCAUCUUCCCUAUAUCUAAUGAGUGGUUGGAAAAUUUGAUGCAUGCAGUUCAUUUUCUUCAUUCUGAAGGAGUAAGUUUAAAAAAGCUGGAGAGGUCAUGUUCCAGUGUUGCAAAAGCAGCAUUAUCCAUGGAGGCUGAGAAUACUAUCUGCCAUGAGGAAGAGGCCCUCUUUGGAGACCUUUUUUCUGAGAGUGGACGCUCAGUUGGAUCCACUGAUGUAUGCGAUCAACCAGCUAUUACGUCAAGCCCAAUCCCCAACUCUAAUUUGCCAAUUCAAGCUGGAAUAGAGUUACUCAGCUUCCUUAAACAUUGUGUCUUUUCCCCUGAUUGGCUUUCUUCUUUGUAUAGCAGUGGUUGCACAAAGCUUAAAGGAAGCAACAUCGAUAUACUACUUUCCAUCCUUACUUGUCAGGGCUGUUGUUCUGAAGAGAGUAUAACAUCAUAUGAAAAAAAGAAGAUUGGUGUUCAUCAACUUUGCUUUGAGUUGUUGCACCACCUUAUCAUACGCAGGGUUUUGUCUGGCUCACUGGAAGAAUUCCUGGUCGAAAAGGUUUUGAACAUUGAGAAUGGUGUUUUUGCUUACAAUGAGCAAACUUUGACCUUGCUUGCUCAUAUUCUUAUAUGUAGGGCAGGCUUGCCUGGUAGCCAGUUGAGAAGUGAAAUAUUCAGAAUAUAUGUUGGUUUCAUUGAUCAGAAGAUAAAAUCAAUGUCUUUGAGCUGUCCCACUCUUGAGGAACUUCUGGGGAUGUUGCCCUCUAUUUAUCAUAUUGAAAUUCUUCUUAUGGCAUUCCACUUAUCCUCUGAAGUUGAGAAAAUUGCACUGGCAAAUCUGAUAUAUUCUUCACUCAAAGAAAUUGAUGGUCCUCCAGCAGGUUUGAAAAGUAUGCAAGUAUCAUCUUGGGCUCUUAUGGUCUCAAGGUUGGUCCUAGUACUACGCCAUAUGUUAUUCUAUCCCGGUUCUUGUCCACCUUUAUUGCUUAGGGAGUUGAGAACAAAGCUUAGGGAAACUCCAUUUGUUGGGGCACGUGCUUGUGAUAGCACAAACGGUCAAUCUUCAUCUUGGUUGUCAACUAUUGUUCAGAAUCUAAUGGGCAAACGGGUCAGAGAUAGCCCUUUUUCUGAUAUUUUACUGAACCAGUUAAUUGAUAUUGUUCCACUUCCGGCUUUGUCUUGUAGAGAUGAGACUGAUGUUGAUCGUUUGAAUUUACGUUGGGCUGAUUUAUGUACCACUCUCUCCCAUAUUUUGAGCUUUUGGAGAGGCAAAAUAGCUUUAACUGUGGAUGAUCUGAUCAUAGAGAGAUAUAUGUUUGUACUUUGCUUUGAUAUCCCUAACAUGGCUUCCACUCAGGAAGAUCUUCGUUGCUUUUGGAGUGGAGUGCAGAGUCUAGACACCUCGAACAUGGAGCACUUAUUUUGUUUUAGUCACUCGCUGUUGGAACAUAGUGGGGUUUUGACCGAGAUAUCAGAUUUAUCAGGCAUGGUUCAUUCUAUGCUGCAGGGCUUGCAUGCUGACAUAUCAGAAGACACAAGGGACCUUGGCUGGGACUUUUUGAGGGAUAGUGCAUGGAUUUCACUGGCUACACUAUUACUUAAUGCUGGCAUUCAUGGGAAAUGCUCUAAACAAGCCAUCACUUGCAUGGAUCCUUUGUGGUUGGAGAACACAUCUGGAAACAUCAAUAUUUCUACUCUUUCAGAAACCUUGGGUUCUCGUAUUCUUGAUUGCAAGCAAGUUCCAGUGAUACUGCAGACAUUGUCAUCUUUAUUGGAUAAAUAUUUAAAAGUUUAUGAAGAAGCUUUUCUUUCUGCUUUAAAUGGGGGCCAUUCUAAUCCUGAGAAAUUUUCACCCCUAUUGCUUCUAAAAUUUUCAGAGUUCGACAAUAAUGAGAUCCUUGUUAAAGCUGCACAGAAUGCACGUGAAUUGGAAGGUCUCCCUGACUAUCUGUUAAGUAUAGACUGCACUGUUGACAAAUUGUCCAUAGGAAACCAUUCUAAAAUCUUCUGGGAAUCUGUUUUACAUGGCUUUCCUUCUCAUAUUCAAACGACAAGUGGAAUUUUUGUCACUUGUAUCCUUUGUAUUAGAGGCAUCACAACUGUUUUGGAUGGUCUGCUCAAGAUCACAGAUGUUCUAGGAGUUUCAUGUAUGGAGACAAAUGCAUGUGUGCAGAUUCUUGAUUCAGCUAUGACAAUCAAGUCCGACAAGAUAUUUGGAUGUCUUCAUGAAAAAUGUAAAUCAAUUUUCCUGAGCUUGAGCAAAGGUAUAGAAGGAACUGAUUGGCAGUGUUUGUUUGUAUUGAAACGUAUGGAACACAUUUUAUUGGAAAUCAAUGCCAAAGAGGUCGAUGACAAUAGCAUCUAUGAAUUGGUUGUUAACAAGACAAUUGAUCUGGUUGACUCCAUGCGAACGGAUCCUUCCAGAGCUGUAAUUUUGAGGUUCUUCCUCUCUGUUGAAGAUGUAUCUGAGCAAGUAAAGGCCCUUUAUGGUUCCCAGCGUGGUGACUUGUUGGUUUUAAUUGAUUUACUGGAUAAAUGUAGCUCUGAGUCAGUUAACAUGAAGGUUCUUAAAUUUUUCAUAGAUCUGUCAGGAGAGACUUGUCCUGGCAUCGUACAAAAAGUUCAGGAAAGAUUUCUUUGCAUGGAUAGCUCAGUGUUGUCAAAAUGGCUGGAAAGGAGAUUAGGUCUGAUUGCUGAAGUAUCAGGUGGAGCGACCUGUUCUAGAGAGUGUUCUGCCUCUCUUAGGGAAUUGACUAUGACUUUUGUUGCUUGUUUGCUGUCCUCUUCUUCUGAUCAGUCAAAGGCAUUGCAUGGUCAUCUAUUUGAAGCUGCUCUACUUUUGUUAGAUAACACGUUUAUCCUUUCUGAAACCGGUAGUGCAAAAUCUUAUUUCAAUUUUCUUGUUCAACUUUCAACGGAUGAGUCUUCAAUUAGAUCCCUUCUGCAGAGAAGUUUGAUGCUAAUGGAGAAGUUUUCAGGAGAUGAGCAACUUCUUCAAGGUCUGAAGUUCCUUUUUGGGUUUCUUAUCACUGUUUUGAAUGAUUGCGGGUCAAACAGAAGCAUAGUGGAGAGCUCUUCUGGAAAAUCUCUGUAUAGCAAUGCGGAUAUGGCACCCGUGUCUUCAAGAUCAUUUAGUUCAAGGAAAAACUCGGAGGCUUUUGUUCUCACUCCUAGCCAGGAAGGGGGUACGUCAGCUAUUGAUUGUGAUGCAACUUCUUUAGAUGAAGAUGAGGAGGAUGAUGAAACUUCAGACGGUGAGGCAGCUAGCAUUGACAAGGAGGACGAUGAGGAUCCUAACAGUGAAAGAGUUCUUGCUUCCAAAGUUUGCACAUUUACAUCUAGUGGCAGCAAUUUUAUGGAGCAACACUGGUACUUUUGCUACACCUGUGAUCUGACUGUAUCUAAAGGCUGUUGUUCUGUGUGCGCAAAAGUCUGCCAUCGUGGUCAUCGUGUUGUUUAUUCCCGCUCAAGUAGAUUUUUUUGUGACUGUGGAGCUGGUGGUGUUAGAGGGAGUAACUGCCAAUGCUUAAAGCCUCGAAAAUUUAGUGGUAGUAGUGUCCCACCUCCUCGUGGUGCUGGAACUUUUCACACUUUCUUACCUUUUACUGAAGAAGGAGAUCAGCUGCCUGAUAGUGAUUCAGAUGUUGAUGAAGAUGUUCCUUCAGAGGCUGAUACUGCCAUGUUCUCUCUUCCAAGAGGGAUUCAAAGCAGGAUUCAGUUGUUACUCCAAGAACUUGAUGCUGAGGGUCAAGUGCUUAAACUUUGCUCCUCUUUGUUGCCUUCCAUAACGAGCAGAAGAGAUUCAUACCCUUCAAAAGAUAGAGAAAUAGUGCUGGGGAAGGACAAAGUGCUUUCUUAUGGUCUUGAUCUUUUGCAAUUGAAGAAGGCAUAUAAAAGUGGGUCUAUUGAUCUUAAGAUAAAAACAGAUUACUCUUAUGCGAAGGAGCUUAAAUCUCAUUUAACUAGUGGUUCUCUUGUUAAGUCGUUACUUAGCAUCAGUACACGAGGCCGGCUUGCUGUUGGAGAAGGUGACAAAGUGGCUAUAUUUGAUGUUGGACAACUGAUUGGACAAGCCACUAUUACUCCAGUCACUGCUGAUAAGUCUAGUGUCAAACCUCUCUCCAAGAACAUUGUUCGCUUUGAAAUAGUGCAUCUCAUCUUCAAUCCGGCAGUAGAGAAUCACCUUGCUGUGGCAGGUUAUGAAGAUUGUCAAGUGCUUACUGUAAGUCAUCGUGGCGAGGUUUCUGAUCGGCUUGCUAUUGAACUUGCUUUACAAGGUUCUUAUAUUAGAAGAGUGGACUGGGUUCCAGGUUCUCAGGUUCAGUUAAUGGUAGUAACAAACAAGUUUGUGAAGAUAUAUGAUUUAUCUCAAGACAACAUCAGUCCUAUUCAUUACUUCACCUUGCCUCAGACUAUUGUGGAUGCAACACUUGCUGUGGUUGGCCAGGGAAAAAUGUUUCUUAUUGUCCUUUCAGAACAUGGAUGCUUAUACAAGUUAGAAUUGUCAAUAGAGGCGAAUGUCGCGGUUAAACCAUUGACGGAGAUGAUUCAGCUUCAGGGAAGGGUUGUGUGCGGGAAAGGCUCAUCUUUAUACUUCUCCACAACUUAUAAAUUGCUCUUUGUUUCUUAUCAAGAUGGAACUACUUUGAUUGGCCGUUUGAAUUCAAAUGCAGCAUCUCUUAUGGAGGUAUCAGCAGUAUAUGAUGGUGAUCAUGAUCAAAAGAUGCAAGCAGCGGGAUUGCAACACUGGAGAGAGUUGCUGAUUGGAAGCAACCUAUUUGUUUGUUUUUCUAGUACGAAGUCCAAUGCAUCACUUGUUAUUUCAUUGGGAGAGCAUGAGAUAUUUGCACAGAAUUUGCGGCAUUUGGUGGGUUCAACAUCACCUUUAGUGGGGAUAACUGCAUACAAGCCAUUAUCGAAAGACAAAAUCCAAUGUCUAGUCUUACAUGAUGAUGGGAGCCUUCAGAUAUAUUCACACAUCCCUAUUGGCAUGGAUGUAAAUGCAAAUGCAGUGUCUGACAGAGUUAAAAAACUGGGUUCUGGUAUACUCAGCAAGGCUUAUUGUGGGUCAAACACAGAAUUCCCAUUGGAUUUCUUUGAGAAAACAAUUUGCAUUACUACAGAUGUGAAACUGAGUGGGGAUGCUAUCAGGAAUGGUGAUUCUGAAGGAGCUAAAUUGAGCCUGGCUUCUGAAGAUGGGUUUUUGGAGAGUCCUAGUCCUACUGGUUUCAAGAUAAUUGUUUCAAAUCCCAAUCCUGAUAUAGUCAUGGUUGGUUUCCGGCUACAUGUGGGGAAUACAUCAGCGAAUCAUAUACCUACCAAUAUUUCCAUAUUCCAAAGAGAGAUAAAAUUAGAUGAGGGCAUGAGGUCUUGGUAUGAUAUUCCGUUUACUGUAGCUGAGUCGCUUCUUGCCGAUGAAGAAUUUGUAUUAUCUGUUUCCUCGACUUUCAGUGGUUCCUCAUUACCUAGAAUUGACUCUCUGGAAGUCUAUGGCCGAGCUAAGGAUGAAUUUGGAUGGAAAGAAAAGAUGGAGGCAGUUUUGGAUAUGGAGGCUCGAGCUCUCGGUUGUGGUUCCUGGGGUAGAGGAUCAGGGAAGAAGCGUCGAAUUGUACAAUCUGCAAUAAUCCAGGAACGGAUAGUGGCAGAUGGUCUUAGGUUUCUGUCAAAAUUCUACUCACUGUGUAGGUCUCCUAGAAUCUCAAAGGCUGAUGAUGCAAAAGUGGACCUAAGCAAACUGAAGUGCAAGCAGUUACUAGAAACUGUCUUUGAAAGUGACAAGGAACCGUUGUUGCAGGCUGCUGCUUGUUCCGUCUUGCAGUCAGUAUUCCCCAAGAAGGAGAUGUAUUACAAAGUAAAGGACACUAUGCGCCUCCUUGGAGUGAUGAAAUCAACUGCCAUGCUAUCAUCGAAGUUGGGUGUUGGCUAUGCCACAGCUGGGUGUAUUAUUGAAGAGUUCACAGCUCAAAUGCGUGCAGUCUCCAAGAUCGCGUUACAACGUAGAUCUAACUUGGCCACCUUUCUGGAGAGAAAUGGUUCGGAAGUUGUUGACGGGCUUAUGCAAGUACUAUGGGAGAUUUUGGAAGUAGAACAGCCAGAUACCCAAACAAUGAACAAUAUUGUUAUCUCUUCUGUGGAAUUGAUAUACUGUUAUGCUGAAUGUCUGGCUUUACACGGUAAAGAUUCAGAAAGGAACUCUAUUGCCCCUGCUGUGUCAUUGUUCAAGAAACUUCUGUUCUCCUCUGAUGAGUCUGUUCAGACGUCCAGCAGCUUGGCUAUAUCUUCACGGUUGCUUCAGGUUCCAUUUCCAAAGCAAACUAUGUUAAGUGCAGACGAGUCUGCAGAGAAUGUUCCACCUGUCCCAGUACACACUGACAUGAGAACCACUACUGUUGGUAAUGAUCAGAUCAUGGUUGAAGAGGACGCUAUCACAUCCUCUGUGCAGUACUGUUGUGAUGGCUGUUCAACUGUCCCUAUACUCAGACGUAGAUGGCAUUGCACUAUUUGCCCUGACUUUGAUUUGUGUGAAGCAUGUCAUGAACUAGUUGCGGACAGGCUCCCUCCACCACAUUCUAGAGAUCAUCCAAUGACGGCAAUUCCAAUAGAAGUAGAAAUUUUAGGUGGAGAAGGCACUGAAAUGAAUUUCUCUGCAAAUGAUCUACAUGAUUCAGGCUUGUUACCACCUGCGGUUGAUAAAAAUGCCCAAACUUCUACUCCAUCCAUCCAUUCGCUUGAACCUAGCGAGUCAGGAGACUUUUCUGCUAUAGUGACUGAUCCGGUUAUGAUUUCAGCCUCAAAAAGGGCAGUGAAUUCCUUGCUUCUGUCUGAAUUUCUUCAGCAAAUGAAAGGUUGGAUGGAAGCUAUAUCAGGAGUUCAGGCUGUGCCCAUAAUGCAGUUCUUUUACAGAUUAUCAUCUACAGUAGGAGGACCUUUUGUUGAUAGCUCAAAACCAGAAAAUGUAGAUCUGGAGAAAUUAAUAAGAUGGUUCCUGGAAGAGAUUAAUUUAAACAAGCCUUUUGUUGCAAGAGAACGUUCUUCAUUUGGUGAAGUUGCUAUUCUGGUAUUUAUGUUCUUCACUCUGAUGCUAAGAAACUGGCAUCAUCCUGGCAAUGAAAGUUCUGUUUCAAAAUCAAAUGGAAGUGGAGAUGCUCAUGAAAGAGGUAGCAUUGCAUAUCCAGUUUCCACUUCAAGUGCUGCAUCUUCCUCUUUGGAUGAUCAAGAUAAAAGUGAUUUUGCUUUGCAGCUGCAUCAAGCUUGUGCUUCCCUCAAACAGCAAUCAUUUGUAAAUUAUCUAAUGGAUAUACUACAACAGCUUGUCCAUGUUUUCAAGUCACAAAAUGUUAAUUUUGAUGGAGGAAAUAGUCCAAACCUUAGUUCAGGAUGUGGGGCUUUGCUAACGGUGAAACGGGAUCUACCAGCUGGCAAUUUCUCACCAUUUUUUUCAGAUUCAUAUGCGAAAUCUCACCGGGCAGAUAUAUUUGCAGAUUACCACAGGCUGUUAUUGGAAAAUACUUUCCGCCUUGUUUAUACUUUGGUUCGACCAGAUAAACAUGACAAGAGUGGGGAGAGAGAAAGGCCUUGCAAGGUUUCCUCUGGGAAAGAUUUGAAACUAGAUGGUUACCAGGAUGUCUUUUGUAGUUACAUUAAUAACCCGCGUACAGCUUUUGUGAGAAGGUAUGCAAGGAGGCUUUUCUUGCAUCUAUGUGGCAGCAAAACUCACUAUUACAGUGUUAGAGAUUCUUGGCAAUUUUCAAGUGAAUUUAAGAAGCUUUACAAGUACAAAGGAAAAUCUGGUGGUUUCCAGAAUACACUCCCAUAUGAAAGAAGUGUUAAAAUAGUCAAGUGCCUUUCUACUGUAGCUGAAGUAGCUGCUUCACGACCCAGAAACUGGCAAAAGUAUUGUCUAAGACAUACAGAUAUCUUACAGUUUUUGAUGGAUGGGUUGUUCUAUUUUGGGGAGGAGUCUGUCGUUCAGACUCUUAAGCUUCUGAGCUUGGCAUUCUAUACUGGUAAGGAUGUUAGCCAAUCAUUACAGAAAUUUGAAGUUGGGGAUACAGGGAUAAGUUCAGAUAAAUCAGGAUCACAAUCUCUGGAGCCAAAGAAGAAGAAGAAAGGAGAAGAGGGAUCUGAAUCUGGCUCUGAGAAGUCAUACCUGGAUAUGGAGCAAGUUGUGGACAUUUUCUUUGUUAAGGAUGGAGAUAUCUUAAAGCUGUUCAUUGAUUACUUCUUAUUGGAGUGGAACUCAAGCUCUGUGAGGAUGGAAGCUAGAUCUGUUCUUUAUGGCAUUUGGCACCACACGAAAUAUCCAUUGAAAGAAACGAUAUUGAUAACUCUUCUACAGAAAAUUAAGUGUUUGCCGAUGUAUGGUCAGAAUAUCAUUGAAUAUACUGAACUUGUCACACAUUUGCUGGAGAAGAUUUCUGAUAACCUGUCAAAGCAACAGAGCUCUGAAAUUGUAGAACGAUGUUUGACCCCUGAUGUGGUAAGGUUCAUAUUUGAGACACUUCACUCGCAAAAUGAGCUUUUGGCUAAUCAUCCCAAUUCAGCUAUCUACAAUACUUUGAGUAGUCUAGUGGAAUUUGAUGGUUAUUAUCUCGAGAGUGAACCUUGUGUUGCCUGUAGCACUCCAGAGGUUCCAUAUAGCCGGAUGAAGUUAGAAAGUUUGAAAUCAGAAACAAAGUUCACUGACAAUCGCAUUAUAGUGAAAUGCACAGGAAGCUACACCAUCCAGAGCGUGAGCAUGAAUGUUCAUGAUUCUCGGAGAUCAAAAUCAGUAAGAAUCUUGAACCUUUAUUACAAUAACAGGCCUGUGGCUGAUUUGUCAGAGUUAAAGAACAACUGGUCGUUAUGGAAACGUGCAAAGAGCUGCCAUCUAACGUUCAAUCAGACUGAGCUAAAAGUAGACUUCACCAUUCCUAUUACAGCAUGUAAUUUCAUGAUUGAGCUAGAUUCAUUCUAUGAAAAUCUUCAAGCUCUGUCUCUUGAGCCAUUGCAAUGUCCACGCUGCAGUAGGCAGGUGACUGAUAAGCAUGGGAUUUGCAGCAAUUGUCAUGAAAAUGCAUAUCAGUGCAGGCAAUGCCGCAAUAUUAAUUAUGAGAAUUUGGAUUCAUUUCUAUGCAAUGAAUGUGGGUACAGCAAAUAUGGCCGUUUUGAAUUUAAUUUCAUGGCAAAGCCCAGUUUCACAUUUGAUGAAAUGGAGAACGAUGAAGACAUGAAGCGGGGCCUAUCAGCCAUAGAAUCUGAAUCUGAGAAUGCUCACAGGAGAUAUCAACAGCUUCUGGGUUUUAAGAAGCCAUUGCUGAAGAUAGUAUCAAGCAUUGGGGAAAAUGAGAUGGAACCGCAGCAGGAUUCUGUUCAGCAGAUGAUGGUUUCUUUACCUGGGCCUUCUUGUAAGAUAAGUCGUAAAAUUGCUCUUCUUGGUGUCCUCUAUGGUGAGAAGUGUAAAGCUGCUUUUGAUUCUGUUAGCAAAAGCGUGCAGACUCUUCAAGGGCUUAGACGUGUUUUGAUGUCUUACCUGCAUCAAAAGCAUUCUGGCCAAACACACAUUUCAUCAAGGUUUAUUGUAUCUAGGUCAUCAAAUAGUUGUUAUGGAUGUGCUUCGACCUUUGUUGCACAGUGCUUGGAAAUACUCCAGGUGUUAUCCAGGCACCCCAAUUCCAAGAAACAACUAGUCUCUGCCGGAAUUUUAUCUCAAUUGUUUGAAAAUAAUAUUCAUCAGGGUCCAAAAACUGCCCGUGUUCAUGCCAGGGCAGCACUUUGUGCUUUUUCUGAAGGUGAUAUCAAUGCAGUGACCGAGUUAAACUGCUUAAUACAGAAGAAAGUGAUGUACUGUUUAGAGCAUCACCGUUCUAUGGACAUUGCCUUGGCCACCCAUGAUGAACUGCUCUUACUUUCAGAGGUGUGUUCUUUGGCAGAUGAAUUUUGGGAGUCAAGGUUACGGGUGGUCUUCCAAUUGUUAUUUUCAUCAAUUAAACUUGGAGCCAAACAUCCUGCAAUAUCAGAGCAUAUUAUUCUUCCAUGUCUGAGGAUUAUAUCACAGGUAUGUACUCCUCCAAAACCUGAUACGGCUAACAAAGAGCUAAGCCUUGUUCCUGGAAACAAAUCUGGAAAAGAAACUUCAGAAAAAACUUGGGAUGGUUCUCAUAAGACUCAGGAAAUUCAGUUAGUGAGCUACACUGAAUGGGAGAAGGGCGCAUCAUAUCUUGAUUUUGUAAGGCGGCAGUAUAAAGUGUCUCAAGCUGCUGCCAAAGGGAGCCAAAGAUCCCGUCCUCAAAGAUACGAUUACCUGGCACUGAAAUACGCUCUUAAGUGGAAGCGACGUGCUUGCAAGACAAAGAAUGAUUUGACAUCAUUUGAGCUUGGAUCUUGGGUUACAGAACUGGUAUUGAGUGCCUGUUCACAAUCCAUAAGAUCUGAGAUGUGCUCAAUGAUCAGCUUGCUUUGUGGCCAAAAUAGUUCGAGGCAGUUCCGCUUAUUGAAUUUGCUUCUUUCUCUAUUACCCGCUACUCUUUCUGCGGGUGAAAAUGCUGCUGAGUAUUUCGAGUUACUCUUUAAGAUGAUUGAAUCUGAAGAGUCUCGGCUUUUCCUGACAGUUCGUGGAUGUCUCGGCACAAUAUGUGAGUUACUUACUCAAGAAGUUAGCAAUGUGGAAUCACUAGAGAGGAGCCUCCACAUUGAUAUCUCACAAGGGUUUAUUCUUCACAAACUCAUAGAGCUCCUGGGAAAAUUUUUGGAGGUUCCUAAUAUUAGAUCGAGGUUUAUGCGGGACAAGCUGUUGUCUGGAGUGCUUGAGGCUUUCAUUGUUAUUAGAGGUUUGGUUGUGCAGAAGACUAAAUUGAUAAGUGAUUCAAAUCUACUUCUAAAGAACCUCUUGGAUGGUCUUACCCUUGAGAGUGAUGGGAAUAAGAAACAGUUCAUCCAGGCCUGUGUUAGUGGUCUGCAAACUCAUGGAGAGAAUGGCAAAGAACGAACAUCUUUGUUCAUCUUGGAGCAGCUUUGCAAUCUGAUUUCCCCCUCUAAACCUGAGCCUGUAUAUCUUCUAGUUCUCAACAAAGCACACACUCAAGAGGAAUUUAUUAGAGGCUCAAUGACAAAAAACCCUUAUUCGAGUGCUGAGAUUGGUCCUUUGAUGCGUGAUGUGAAAAACAAGAUCUGCCACCAGUUAGAUAUGUUAGGUCUUGUUGAAGAUGACUACGGAAUGGAGUUGCUAGUAGCUGGGAGUAUCAUCUCUCUGGAUCUGAGCAUUGCUCAAGUGUAUGAACAAGUAUGGAGAAAAACAAACCAGUCAUCACAUAAUACAGCUGGCACUGCUGCAGUAUCCACUAGUGUUGCUACUUCAGUUAGGGAAUGUCCUCCAAUGACAGUGACAUAUCGACUGCAGGGACUAGAUGGUGAGGCUACUGAACCAAUGAUAAAAGAAUUGGAAGAAGACAGGGAGGAGUGCCAGGACCCAGAAGUUGAGUUUGCAAUAGCAGCUGCAGUACGCGAGUGUGGUGGGCUAGAGAUUAUCUUGGGCAUGAUUCAGCGUCUGUGUGAUGAUUUCAAGUCGAGUCAGGAGCAGUUGAUUGUAGUGCUUAAUCUCCUAAUGCUUUGCUGCAAAAUAAGAGAGAAUAGAAGGGCCUUACUUAGGCUGGGAGCUUUAACUGUACUGCUUGAAACUGUAAGGCAUGCUUUCACUGUGGAUGCUAUGGAGCUAGCUGAAGGUAUACUUCUGAUUGUGGAAAGUCUUACACUGGAGGCAAAUGAAAGUGACAACAUUAGCUUUGCACCGAGAUCUCUUACUGUUACUAGUGGAGAAACUGGUGAUGGUGAACAAGCAAAGAAAAUAGUUCUCAUGUUCCUUGAUAGAUUGUGUCAUCCACCAGGUCUUAAAAAAUCAAAUAAGCAACAGAGAAAUACUGAAAUGGUUGCGAGAAUCUUGCCUUACUUGACCUACGGGGAACCUGCGGCUAUGGAAACCCUUAUACAGCACUUUGACCCAUACCUACAAGACUGGAGAGAAUUUGACAAGUUGCAACAAAUGGAUCAUGAAGACAGUACCACACAGCACGCAGAAAAACAGAGAUUUUCAGUAGAGAACUUUGUCAGAGUCUCGGAGUCGCUGAAGACAAGUUCCUGCGGUGGACGAUUUAAGGACAUAAUUUUGGAGAAAGGAAUAACUCGUUCUGCAGUGAAACAUCUGAGACAGAGUUUUGCAUUUAUUGAUCAGACUGCAUUUAGAUCUUCAGUUGAAUGGGCGUCAGCUUUAAAACUUCCGUCCAUUCCUUUUGUGCUGUCUAUGCUGAGGGGAUUGUCCAUGGGUCACCUUCCCACACAAAAAUGUAUCGACGAUGGAGGAAUAUUGCCUUUGCUUCAUGCUCUGGAAGGAGUCCCGGGAGAAAAUGAAAUUGGAGCCAGAGCUGAGAACCUUUUGGAUGUUGUUUCUAACAAGGAGGGUACAGGAGAUGGGUUCCUUGCUGAGAAGGUUCACAAACUGAGGGAUGCUACCAAGGAUGAGAUGAGGCGAAAGGCUUUGAUAAAGAGAGAACAGAUGCUUAAGGGACUUGGGAUGCGACAGGAAAUUUCUUCAGAUGGAGGCGAGAGAAUUGUAGUAGCUCGGCCAGUUCUUGAAGGUUUGGAUGAAAUGGAAGAGGAGGAAGGUGGAUUAGCAUGCAUGGUAUGCAGGGAAGGAUACGGUUUAAGGCCCACUGACCUGCUUGGAGUUUACACUUUCAGCAAGCGUGUUAACCUAGGAGUUGGAACAACAGCAGGCAGUAGUACUGCUCGUGUGGAGCAUGUUUACACAACUGUUAGCCAUUUUAAUAUUAUACAUUUUCAGUGUCAUCAAGAAGCCAAAAGAGCUGAUGCUGCAUUGAAAACUCCCAAAAAGGAAUGGGAUGGGGCUGCCCUUAGGAACAAUGAGACCCUCUGCAAUAGUCUCUUCCCCCUGAGAGGUCCAUCCGUCCCUGUCUCACAAUAUGUUCGAUAUGUGGAUCUGUACUGGGAUAACCUUCAUGCUUUAGGGCGUUCAGAUGGAAGCCGUCUCAGGUUGUUGACAUAUGACAUUGUUCUGAUGCUUGCUCGAUUUGCUAUGGGUGCUUCUUUUAGUACGGAUUGUAAAGGUGGAGGAAAGGAAAGUAACUCGAAAUUUCUUCCUUUCAUGAUUCAAAUGGCUCGUCAUUUCCUGGACCAGGGCAACCCUUCCCAACGCAGUAGCAUGGCAAAGGCUAUAGACACAUAUUUGUCAUCUGCUUCAACGCCAUCAUCAUCUGGUACACAACAACAACAACAAUCAGAAGAAACAGUGCAAUUCUCGAUGGUAAAUUCCCUUCUAUCCGAAUCUUAUGAGUCCUGGCUGCAGCACCGUCUAGCCUUCUUGCAGCGUGGUAUAUACCAUAAUUAUAUGCAGCACACUCACGCAUCGUCAUCCUCCAAUCAACCUAAAAAGGAAUCGCACGAGCUCUAUCCGAUUGUGAAACCGAUUCUCAUUUACACGGGAUUGAUUGAGCAGCUGCAGCGUUUCUUCAAGGUGAAGAAAAGUGGAAAUGUGGGAUCGGAGGAGGAGGCGUUGGUGGAUGAGAAUGGAAAGUUGGAAGGGUGGGAAGUGAGGAUGAAAGAGAGACUGUUGAAUGUGAAGGAGAUGGUUGGGUUGUCGAGGGAGUUGCAAUCGUGGCUGGACGAUAUAAAUAGUGCGGCGGAUUUACAAGAGGCGUUUGAUGUUAUGGGAGCUUUAGGUGAUGUGAUCUCAGCCGCUGGUAAAUGUGAAGAUUUCGUGUUUGAUUCGAUCGGUGGUGGUGGAGGAAAAGUGGAUACUUGAAAAAGGUUUGGCAGGCGCACUCUUGAAGCUAUUAUCCACGCCCUCCCCUUGCUAUUUCUUCUUCAGGUUCUUCAUUUUUUAUUUGUAUACGCUGAAAUGCUCUAGCAAGGUUAAAAUAACAAUUAUUUUCUACUUGCAUAAAUAAUAGAGUAAUGUUGUUUGA